AAAAAGUUGGAGCUUUCAUCUUCUUCUUCUCUCUUCCUACUGAAGUGGAAGAGAAGGAGAUAUUAUUGCUUUCGUAGAAACUCAGUCGAUGGAGGAUUCAUUCACUCCAAAACGUCCACCGGACACUUCAACUUUCGAUUGGUCCGAACUUCCUCCGGCGAAACGUCGUCAUCAUCAACCACUACCCUUCUUCAAGAUCGCCUUUAACGAGGCCGUAUUCCGCAUACUAUGCCCUGCCAAAAAGACAGGUUUAGUAAUCGGUAAGGGUGGUGCCGUUGUUCGCCAGCUCUGCGACGAAACUGGUGCCAGGAUUCGUAUAGAUGAUUCCGAUCCUGAAUUUGAAGAACGCGUAAUUAUCAUUGUUGGCGACUCGUCUAAAAGAGAAACCAAUUCCACAUCCGAUGCAAAUCAAACUGGUUCUAAUACCGAACAUGUGGGUUCAUCUGCCCAACAGGGGCUGGUUAGGGUGUUCGAGAGGAUUGCGAAGGUUGUUGCUGAUAGGAAUUGGGUUUCGACAGAGGGCAAUGAGAAAGGAGAGGAGAGACAAGAAUCUGUUGGUGAUGUAGGCGUCAAUGGAGCUGUAACGCCACCUGCGCCUAUAGUUUGUAAGUUGCUGGCUCCUGGUAAUCAGGUGGGUUGUGUUUUUGGGAGAGGAAGAAAUGUUAUAGAAAGGAUAAGGCAUGAUAGUGGUGCCAAAGUCAGGGUUUUAUCCAGUGAUCAGAUUCCUCCAUGUUCAUUUCCUGGUGACGAAUUAAUUCAUAUAUCAGGAAACUUUCAGGCUGUAAAGAAAGCACUUUUGUAUGUUUCAAGCUGCCUUCAAGAUAGUCAAGUGCAUGCUGCUGGAAAUAGGAGCGCAGGGCCGAACAAGAAGAUUAUUGAAGAGGAGAUUGUAUUUAAACUGUUAUGUAAAGCUGACAAAGUUGGAGCUCUCAUAGGGAAAGGCGGUUGCGUAAUACGAGCACUUGAGAACGAUACUGGGGCCUCAAUAAAAAUAAGAGACGAGACUACUGAUUUGGAUGAGCGAGUUGUUGAACGAGUUGUUCUUAUAUCAGCACGAGAGAAUUCAGAACAACGAUAUUCUGCAGCACAGGAAGCGGUUAUUCGUGCUCAUAACCGAAUCACAGAGGUGGGAUUUGAACUUGGUGCUCCUGUUGUUGCCAGGCUUCUUGUACAUCCUCACCUAGUGGGUUUUCUUAUGGGAAAAGGGGGUUUAAUUCCUGAACUUAGAAGAGUUACUGGUGCUAGCAUUAACAUUUUUCACAAAGAACAAGUGGCUAAUUAUGGGCAAGUAAGCGACGAUGUAGUGCAGGUGAUGGGAAGCUUGCCCUGUGUACAGGAUGUUUUAUUUCAAAUUACAAGUAGGAUUAGGGAAAUCAUACUUCCUACUGAACCAUACAUGUCAAAUUCUGGCGGUCCACAUUUCAUGCCCCCUUAUUCGGAGAUGCCACUGCCUAUGUUGCCACCUAGGCAUGAUCCAUCGUUUCCUGGCGCAUAUCCUUCUCCAGCUGGACCUCCCCUUGAUCAACAACCACACUCUCAUGGAAUGGAUCAUUCGGGUCCAAAUUAUUUUGAGCGUUUUGCACAUACUCAGGGUGGUGGACCUCCCAAUGUUCCCUCUUUUGAUACACAAUGCUCACCACGGAGUUGGGUUCCUCAGAACAUGAAUACAGGAGGAUUUGUAAUGGCAAAUGGUCCCAUGGGAAGUGGUAAUCAUCAGGUGCGUAAUGCUGCAAGCACAAACCUCGAGAUUGUAAUCCCUCGUAUGUUCUUAGGACAUGUUUCCGGAGAUAGGAACUGCAACCUUGGUCAUAUCAGACAGAUUUCUGGCGCGAUUGUGGAGAUUCAAGAUCCCAGCCCCGGAGCAACUGAGGGUGUGGUGAUGGUAUCGGGUACGCCAGAACAACUAUAUCUUGCACAGACUAUGAUUCAUGCCUUCAUUCAAAGUGAGCUGACCUUUUGAUAACAGCUAUGUUAUGAUCUUAAUUUGUAUAUUUAGUUUGAUCUGAAUUAAACAAAAUAGGUUGUCAAUACUUUGUCAAUCAUUUCAGGAGAAAAAUAUUCAAUGUAUAACUUCACUGAUUAUUAGUUCCGACUUUUUGGGAUAUGGUUAAUGUCCAUAAUAUAGUUAUA